AAGUUGAUCUUGUAAAGUUCAGCUGAGUACGCACGAAGCAACUAUAUUCUAACCUGGACCUAUGAUGGAGAUGAACGUCUUUGAUCCGUAAUACAGGACCUUUGCUGAACACACGAACCUUUACUACAGUAGGACAUGUUUUCCUCAAGCAGCCGUGGACUCGUUUCGUAGUGCAUGUUCUGUCCUUCCUGUCCACACCUCUUCCUGUUCUUGAAUCUAAAUGGUUCGACGCAUGCAGCGGGUGCAUAACAUGGACGAAUAUAUAGGCAUACUGACCCACUGGCACUUCAUCUGUUUCCGUGGCACGACCAGCCUUAAUUCCCUCUCGGAUGCUUCAUCGAAGAUCUCCUAUGACAGCUGUUCACAAUCCAAUAAUGCCACAGGAUCAGAAGCCAGUAAAAGAAGAUUUCGGUCCCAUGCCUGCCCACUGGAUGGUCGAAUUUAAAAAUAUGCCCGAGUGGUUGAACAGAUGUCUUCAACUUUCGUUCUCGGUGCUCUGUUUGCUCUCGCUCGGGCAUGCAAACUUGAAAACGGUGUGGAGGGUUUGUAACACCGAAGAUAAAUCAGACUGGCUUAAUAAAAAGAAACGCUUGUUGGAUAGAAUCGAGAAUAUUACUGUCAUCGCAGGAUUAUUGUUAACAUCCACUUCUGCUUUCGCCACUACCCUACCCCCCCUUACACCGUUGUUUGACUACACGACAACUGCUCCUUACAUCUGUAGUCUUGCAUCAUUCGGCUCUGUCCUGGGUAGUCUAAUUGUUGGAUCAUCGGUAUUGUUCAUGCUGGCUAAAUGUUCGCAGGAAUGGUUUCGCGAUACACUAAUGGGCUCACGUUCGAGUAUAUGUCUUACUCUCAUCAUUCUCGCGUAUCCAUUUUUCUCCAUCGCUGCUGCAGCAUGCGUGAUGCUGAUCGGUCUAACUAUCGCAGCUUAUCAGUCCUCUCAUCCAGUCGUCAGGAUUGGAAGCAUAUUGGUCAUCCUUAUUCCGGGUCUCUUAUUUCCUGCGUUCAUUUACACUCAGGUGCCAUGGAGCCGCGUACGCACCGAUCCUGCACAGAAGUCCAGUCACAAGCAGACGUCCAAUCCCGCCGGGCAGACGUCUAUUACUGAGAAAAUACUCAUUCCCGAGCAGACACCCAACAUCGACUAUUCAGACCAUGACAACGUGUGAACACGGCUCAUUCCGUUCUUUGCGAUAUACACUUUUCGACGUUGAUCGAUGAGUCGCAGUGCUUCGCGCUGGCGUAGAUGCACAGAUGUAUUUUUUAGCGUUUCAAUAUCCUAUUCAUGCCUAUUUCAACUUUUGUCGGCUUGGUUUGUAUAUUGACUGUAGAAACAGCUCCGAGUCGACACUCGUCUGAAUACUUAUGUACAUACGGAAUAGUAUAACAGAACCAGAUUCAAACGACU